AGCAGGGACUCUCCAUCUAGCUGGCUUGAUGUGGAUCACCAAUGUCCCAUAAGAAAGAAGCUGUUGAUUUCAGAACCUAAGCUCAGCUCCUCUGUGAGUGAGACCAACCUCCAGAACACAUCGGGAGAGUUUGACCCAGAUGACUUCAUUACAAAUGUGAAACGGCUAGCAAUUCCGUUCAAUCUUCCUCAACGCAAACAUAACAAACAUCGCCUGCAAACACCUCCGUUUGCCAUGCCUGCCAUCAAAGAAGACCGCCUUGAGAAGCCCUUUGAUCCGGAGGAGUUCCAGUAUGGCUUGAGGCGAAGGAGGGAAUUCAUUUUGAAUCUGGCACCCAGUUCGAUAUCCAAGAGUCAAGCCACAAUAGUCAAGGAGGAGGACACCAAACCUAAGCGAGAGAGCAUCCUCACAAGGUCCCUGAUCUUCCAGAGAGCAAGGAAGGAGUCUGAAAAAGAAGAGGUAGAAAAAGAGGAAGGAUCAGAUGAGAAUAGAACAGAACCACUGAAGGCAAAGUCUCGUUUGGAGAGGUGCUCAAUUGUCAGCAUUCUAUGCAGUCCCAGCAAAGGGAGACGAAUGGAGUUUUUAAGCCCCACUGAGUGUCCUUCAGAUGGGCUGUUAUCACCAAGCGAUGGUUCUGGGUCUACAGCACCUCCACAAUCACAACUAGCACCAACUACAGAACCACCUAAACUGGUCCCAGUAGAGGAAACCCUAGCUAAGAAUGAGAGCCAUGAUACCCAGUCUGGUUCUCAGGUUAUUCUAAAACCUAGCAAGGACAUUGGGCCUGCCGUGAUACCUGACCUCAAAACAACUUCAAGAGACCCCACGGUCACUCUUUCAACAGACACUAACGCUCCUUCUCCUCCCAUUGGUACCCAGACUAGUUCCCAGUUUGUACCAAAACCUAUGAAAGAUGAUGGACCUACACUGACACCUGACUUGAAAACGACUUCAUUAGACCCUCCAGUCACCAUGUUGACAGACAUUAAAGCUCCUCCAACAUCUAGUUAUGCACAGUCUGGUUCACAAUAUGUUCUAAAACCCAUCAAGGAUGAUGAACCUGCCAUGACACCUGAUCUCAGAACAACUUCAAGAGACCCCACAGUCACUAUGUUUACAGACUCUAAUGCCCCACCACUUCUCAUCAGUACCCAGACUGGUUCUGAUGUUCUGCAACCUGAUGGACCGACCCUGAAAACAACUCCAGUAGAUCUCACUGUCACUAAAGUAACAGAUGCUAUUGCUCCUCCACCACUUCCUUCCUUUGAUGACAUCAAGUUGCCUAGUUUCCUGGAGAAAUUUCUUCCAAAGGAACCUGAAAAUGCUCAACCAUCAGAUAAGAUCGACUCACUGGUGGCUAGAGAAAGUGCUUUCAUACCUGGCCUAGUGGAUCUGAAUAAGGCUGCUGACGGGAAGAUCCCAGAAGAUACGAUUCCACCGGCACCUGUAGUUCCAGCGGCUCAAAUCCCUCAAGCUAAACCUCAGAAAGAACUACCAAAUGUAUGA